AGCCUUGUAAAAGAAAACGCUACGUUAUUAUUACUUUAACAAGUACAUAGAUAAGCAGACAAUGAGGAAUGUGACUGCUCAACUUACAUAAUUCACGUAGGGGUCAGACACCCCACAGACAAAAAUGCUUUUAGCUAGUUAGCACUCAUUCUAGCUGGGACUUUCCUCCUGUUAGCCGGCUAAGCUAGCUCUCAUACAAAGUUAGAAGUGACCGGUGAAUUCUCCAGUUGGAGGACUGCAUUUGUCCUGCUAAUUCAUAUGUAGCAUUCUCUUCACUCUGGAUAAAUCUCACAAUUACUACCUGGGAGCUCUGAACGGAGGCUGGCAUGUUGAAUGCAUUACGCAAAGGACGUAGUUUAGUGGGCGGAUCUGAGGCAGCCAGUGGCAGGCUAGGAUAUCUCCGUCGCGGCGUUAGCCAGACAGGCUAGCAAUGACGGAUAGGAUUACUACUGCCGGGGUCUGGAUUGUGAGCCGCCAGACAUGAUUUUAUGGAGCCCACCAUACAAGGCCUGAGCUGAUUUGUCAGCCUUGUGCAGGUUUGAUUUUUUGCCCCCCGAGUGUCCUCUGGAUAUCAGCUGACCAUGGUGGUCUGAAGAGAGGGAAGCCCGGCACAGUGUGUGUUCACUCUAACACAGCAAGACGGAGAGAGGAGCAGAGACGGACCGCAGCGAAGAGAAAUAGCUUAUUUAAACACAACAUGUCUCAAAACGGAGAACUGGUGGCUUCCUACAUUAACUAUAAACUCUCCCAGAGAAACUAUCCUCUCAAUCACAUGGAGCUCUUGGAGCAUCCGAACAGGACUGAUGGGGAGGAGGCAGGGUUGGGUGUUGAGCAGAGGGUAGCGACGCACGCCAACGGGACUGUAAACGGCACAAGUCCCGGGACCCCGCCGGCAUCCCCGCUGAGGCAGCAACGGUUGCCCUCAACGACGGACCUGGACGCGGUGAAAGAGGCCCUCCGGGACUCGGCCAACGAGUUCGAGCUGCGGUACGCCCUCGCCUUCAGCGACCUGCACAACCAGCUGCACAUCACGCCGGCCACAGCUUACCAAAGCUUCGAGAAUGUGAUGGACGAGGUGUUCCGGGACGGGGUCAACUGGGGACGCAUCGUAGGGCUUUUUGCUUUUGGCGGGGCGCUGUGCGUGGAGUGCGUGGAGAAGGAGAUGAGUCCGCUGGUGGGCAGGAUCAUCGAGUGGAUGACCGUCUACCUGGACAACCACAUCCAGCCCUGGAUCCAGAGCCAAGGAGGAUGGGAGCGCUUUGCGGAGAUGUUCGGGCAGGACGCGGCGGCAGAGAGCCGGCGCUCCCAGGAGAGCUUCAAGAAGUGGCUGCUGGCAGGGAUGACCCUGGUGACCGGGGUGGUGGUGGGCUCGCUCAUCGCCCAGAAGCGCCUGUGAAGACCCCCCUCCCCCUACAAGAAGAUAAAAUGAAGGUCCCGUUUGUCUCGUCAGAACUGCUGAUGAUGUUUACUCCCCCCUUCCUCCCUCCACACACCUGAGGACUCCUCCUGUGUUGAACUUUGGAGAAAAAGCCAGAGGAGAGGAAGAGUUCCUAGUAUUCUUGUGCGGUUACAAAGAGUUCUCUGAAGCGAUUGUUCCUUCUUCUCCUCUCGAUCCGUCUUUAUGUUUGUACGCAUCACUUUUAACACAUUUUUGGUUUCCUAAUCUUGCCCUCACAAAGCGGCUGCAACUGACCCCCCCCCUCCCCCUCCCCUCCCCCGCUCUACGAAUGAGCCUAAUGGAGAGUGAGAGCAGGGAGGAUGUAGCAUCUGCUCUCUGAACAGCUUCAGUGUGAACCCAACCAUUGUUCUGUCCUGCCCGCUCCUUCAUGCUCAUUGGUUAGUGAGAAAGAGUGGUGCAGGGAUGUGUCCUUAACCCCCAAAUGAGUUAGCAUUGUAGAUUCUCCUUCCAGUUCGCUCUUAUGGAAGGCAAUGGUUUUUCGGAUAAUAAGAGCUGUGGUAAACACAAGCUUACACAUAUUUGUUUACGACGUCCCGCUGGUGAAUGUCUGAAGCUUCUACGCAACUGGUUGAAACUACUAAACACCAUCACGGCAAAAUUGAGUCCGUUGCUAGCCUAACGUUAGCUAAGUACUUCUUGCGAUUGCAUUUGCUCUAAAAGUGGUGUUAAUAUUUGAAGUGAAUCCAUCUGAACAAAGCGUGAAAGUAUCAUGAACGUGUGUUUGCCAAAGAUCUUAUUUUCUGCAAUAUUCCAAAAUGGAAUGGAUAAUUGGUUUUUGUGGAAGGAGCCCUUGCUAUGCUCAAUCCCGGGUUUACAAAGAGACGUCAUCAUUGCACCACUGUAUGAGAAGGAGUCCAAAAGACCUUAGCUAACAGGAGUCUUAAACUCAAUUCCUAGCUCCUCCAUUCAAACCCCCGCUGACCGCACACUGACCCGUGUGUCAGUUUCUUGUAGGACUGCGUCCAUGUUCCCCUCUCAGUCGCUGAGGAACGCAGCAGAUACAGUAGCACCCUGAACACACCCCAUAGAGAUCUGGCUGUCUAUUUGGGCAACCCCUUUAUUUUAACCCUCCCUAUUUAGCAUCUAUUAGCCCAUGUAUUCAUUGGUUUGUAAAACACUAUACAAGUGCUUAUCAAUGUGUGAGUCAACAAUUAUAACUUCUCCUACAAUGCGUCUGAGUUCAACAUUUAGCCAGUAAGACGUUUAUUAAUGACACGGUCAUUCACAGGCAGGUUGAAAAUGGUCAAUUGUCCGUGCAAUUGAAACAUUGUUAUAAUCCAUAAUCCAGAUCACUGCUAAAUUAUUAUUGUUGAAAACUACAUUAAUAAACACUUAAAUAUCCUUAUGUCUGUUUACAACUACAUUAUGAUGAGCUGCAAACAAUUAGUCAGUUUCUGGAUAAGUCAACGGCAACAGUUUUGAUAAUUGAUUGAAUAAUUAUCAGCAUAAAUGUGAGGAUUUGCUGCUUGUUUUUCUAAUGUUAUGUUAUAUUAUUGUAAAUUAAACUGUUGGUGUGAUAAACGACGACAUCUGAAGACUUGAUUUUUUAGAGAAAGUGUUAGCUGCAGCUUUUUUUUGGUAAGGUUAAAAUAAAGUGUUUGAAAUUUGAAUUUGAAAUAAAAUCCUAAUCAUGUGCUGCAAUGCU